AUUAAAAAUUGCCGAUUGAAAUUGGCCUUUAACUUCUGUACCCUGCUUUAGUCGUAGAAGAUGGGUGAUAUUUAUACCUUCAAGGUAAGGCUUGAUUGGACAAUUAUGUAAUAAAAAAAAUAACUUUAAUAGCAGUACAAUGCCGAAGACCACAGUCUACUACUUCCCCCUGAAGGCGCUCGGUGAAGGGAUCCGUCUCCUGCUGGCUUAUGGAGGCGAGGAGUUUGAAGACCGCAGGGUGACUAGCGAGGAAUGGCCAGAAAUUAAACCCAAGAUGCCUUUCGGCCAAAUGCCAAUCCUGGAGAUCGACGGCAAGAAGUACGCGCAGAGUUCGGCCGUGGUGCGCUACCUCGGCCGCAAGUACGGACUCAGCGGGAAGGACAUCGAGGAAGACUUCGAGAUCGAUCAGAGCGUUGAGUUCUAUACCGACAUUCGUACAAAAGCCCGUGCCGUCUUCCACGCACAGAAUGAAGAGGCAAAAGCGAAAAUGCAGGCAGAGCUGGAGAAGAAUUACUAUCCCUUCGCGCUGAAGAAGUUGGACGAGAUCAUCAAGAAGAACAACGGACAUUUGGCUCUUGGAAAGUUAACCUGGGCAGACUUCUUAUUCGCGGGCAUGUACGAUUGCUUCAAGAAGCAAUUGCAAGUGCCAGAUCUCGAUGAGAAGUAUCCCAGCUUCAAAAAGCUACAGGAUACAGUAUACGCUAUCCCCAAGGUCAAGGCGUUUGCUGACAAAGCACCCAAGGCAGACUUUUAGUGGCAUUACGUCUCAUAUUGUGUACCUUAUUAUAUAUGUUAUGUUGUUGGAUAAAAGCUUU